UGCGCCGGUAGAUCUAUUAUUCGUCUGCACGCUAGAAUGAACCCGGCCACGAUAGCGAUAUCCACUGGAAUUUGUAACAAUGUCGAGCGAUCACAAUACAGAUCCGUGGAGGACCUUGAAUCCAGACACGGUUAAUGAUCCACGGAUGUUCUCAAACCAGAUGGAUUUGCCUUCCACCUUGAAGCUCACAUGUGAGAUUCCUCUGAUCCCUCGCCACCGUGCCGAGGAGGACAUCAUAGAUGGUGAUGGAAAAGAAGAUCCAUUGGUUAUCGAGGGUCGGAAUCUUGGUCUGAAUCACAUUAGGACCCGCUCAUCAGCUUUGUCGCCGCGGAGGCUUUCGACUGCCAUUUCAAUGCCGGUUGAUUGUGGAAAUGGAAUCGAUUCACAGUCUGGGCUGUUAUCUACAACUGAUCAGUCUGUUGAGAAUUUCUCUGAACAUGGUAAAAGGAUACAGUGGAAUCAGGCUAAUUCAUUGAAUGUCCUGUCACGCACUUGUUCGGGUUCGGAGGAUUAUCAUGCAGCUUUUGUUAAGGAAAUGAGAUCUCCACGGUGUCAAGCUAUAUUACGUGUCACAAAUGGUCGGAGGAAAAGGGUUACAGACAUCAGAAGUCUCUCUCAUGAGCUCAAUUCCAAAGGAGGUCGAUCCCUUCCAUUCUGGAGGUCUCGUGCUUUUGGGCGAGUGGAGGAAAUUAUGGCCAUGAUUCACUCAAAGUUUGAUAAAUUAAAGGAAGAGGUAAACAAUGAUCUAAGCGUUUUUACUGGGGAUAUAAAGGGUAUUAUUGAGAAGACAUCUGAGUCCAAUCUUGAAUGGAGGAAAAGUUUGGAAGAUUUGUUGGUUAUAGCCAGGGAAUGUGCACAAAUGUCACCUUCUGACUUCUGGCUGAAGUGUGAAAGUAUUGUUCAGAAUCUAGAUGACCGCAGGCAAGAGUUGUUGAUGGGCACCGUCAAACAAGCCCAAACUCGCCUCUUAUUCAUACUCACGCGGUGCACUAGGCUUGUACAGUUUAAAAACGAGAGUUGUUUUGAAGAACACGUAGUGGCAUCUCACAGACUCUGUGAUCAUGGGGCCCAUGCAGAACAAACAGUUAGCCCUUUCAGCCAAUAUAUGAGCAGUCCAUUAAAUGGGAAGGAAAAAACUUUGAGAAGAAUUAAGAAAGGUCAAGGGCAUGACCAUACCAGUUCAACAGCUAAUCAGUAUCAGAUGAAGGAUUAUGAUGGUGGACGGGUGAUAGAAGAAAGCCAUAUGAAGAGUGUUGCUUCUCAUACAGGAAGCUCAACAACGUCCUCUUGGAAGAGACAUCCAUCUGCAGCUGAAAGAAAAGGCGAGGUCCAUGAAUCUUUUGGCACCUGUACCUCGCCCUCUAUUAAGUCUGAUCACUUGCAACACAAAGCAGCAGACUGGGAUCAUCAUAAUAUCUCGUAUGAAGAUUCAUUCAUGUGUCGCAUAUGUGAAGUUGAAAUACCUACUAUAUUUGUAGAGCAACAUUCCAGAAUUUGCACAGUUGCUGAUAAAUGUGAUUUAAAAGGGUUCACAGUUAAUGAAAGACUCCAAAGACUUGCAGAAGCUCUUGAGAAGAUACUUGAAUCAUGGACAGUGAAAAGUAUUGACAAUGAGAUAGGAAGUCCAGAGUUAGUAAGAUUGUCUGCUUUGGCCAUGUAUAAAGAGAUGGAUGAAUUGUCAACAAAGCAGGACGGUCUGUCUUGUCAAUGCUCUGAAGACAUGCUGAAUUGCAUCCAUGAGUGUGAUACCAUUUCUGUUACGGAUCUAAACAGUCUGUCUGAAACGCCUAGGAAGGGUUCUCCAGCAGGCACCCCAAUAUCUCGAUCACCACUGCUGACACCACGAACUAGCCAGAUUGCACUACUUUUGAGUGGACUCAAGAUGAUAUCUGAAUAUGAAAGUUAUCAACAGAUAAAUAAGCUGCUGCAUAUUGCUCGAUCAGUUGUCCUCAUAAACAACAAUGAUUACAAUUCCCUGGAAAAUUUGCUUGAUCAUCUAGACGACCUGAAGUAUGCGAUUCAAGAUAGAAAAGUUGAUGCUCUUGUUGUGGAGACCAUUGGGAGGCGGAUAGAAAAAUUGUUGCACGAGAAAUAUGUUCUACUUUAUGGACAUAUUGAAGAAGAAAAAGAAGAUUCACCAACUAGUGCAGCUGAUGAGGAUUGUUCUGUUGAUGAGGACACAUUACGUAGUUUGCGUACAAGUCCUAUCCACCAAUGCUCAAAGGAGCGAACGUCUAUUGAAGAUUUUGAGAUAAUAAAGCCAAUCAGCAGAGGUGCUUUUGGGCGAGUAUUCUUGGCUAAAAAACGAGCCACCGGUGAUUUGUUUGCAAUAAAGCUUCCUGUAAUUCAGCACUGGAAACUUGCCUUGAUACUUCCUCAACAUCUCUGCAUUUGUGAGGCUUCACAGUUCUUUACAGUUGCUGAUGCAAUCGAACCUUUUUUUCAGGUUUUGAGAAAAGCUGAUAUGAUACGGAAAAAUGCUGUAGAGAAUAUUUUGGCUGAACGCGAUAUCCUAAUUUCAGUUCGCAAUCCAUUUGUGGUCCGGUUUUUCUACUCUUUCACAUGCAGGGAUAAUCUUUAUCUUGUCAUGGAAUACCUAAACGGAGGAGAUAUUUUCUCUUUGCUUAGGAACCUUGGCUGCUUUGAAGAAGAUAUGGCUCGUGUAUAUAUUGCUGAAGUUGUUCUUGCUUUGGAAUAUCUUCAUUCCUUAAAUAUUAUUCAUAGAGACUUGAAGCCAGACAAUUUGUUGAUAGGUCCAGAGGGUCACAUCAAGUUGACAGAUUUUGGACUCUCCCAGGCAGGUCUUAUCAAUAGCACUGAUGACUUGUCACGUCCAUCAAAUUCCACAUUUCUUGAAGAUGAUAAACCAAAAGUACAAUCAUCACUUAAAAGAGAUCAGAGGCAAAAGAGUUCUGUUGUUGGAACCCCUGAUUAUUUGGCCCCUGAGAUACUUCUUGGCAUCGAACAUGGUUCAACAGCUGACUGGUGGUCUGUUGGUGUGAUUAUGUUUGAGCUCCUUGUUGGCAUCCCACCUUUUAAUGCAGAACAUCCUCAGCAAAUCUUUAACAACAUCAUGAAUAGAGACAUACCUUGGCCUAAGGUACCAGAAGAAAUGAGCUUUGAAGCACAUGAUUUGAUUAACAAGUUGUUGUACGAAAACCCCAAUCAAAGAUUAGGUUCAACUGGGGCUGGAGAGGUAAAACAACAUCGUUUUUUUAAGAAUAUCAACUGGGACACACUGGCAAGGCGAAAGGCUGCAUUCAUACCAGCUGCAGAACCACACGACACUAGUUAUUUUAUGAGUCGUUACAUUUGGAACCCAGAAGGCGAAGAUUUUAAUGGUGGGUGUAGUGAGUUUGAUGAUACAAGUGAGGCUGGGAGUGUAUCAUGCAGCAGCAGUUCUUAUCAGGAUGAAGAGGGGGAAGAAUUUGGAUAUUUUGCAGAGUUUGGUUCUGUGUCCCCCAACAUGAAAUAUGCCUUCAAUAAUUUUUCAUUUAAGAACUUGUCACAACUGGCUUCCAUCAACUAUGAUUUGGUUGUAAAGGGGUGUAAAGAAUCAACUGAAGUUACCAAGAAGCCAUCCACUGCAUAAUAGUAAUGAACUUGAACCAAUGAAGAGACCCCUCCUUUUUUGCCUAUUAAGUUUGGAAGAUUGUGCCUUAAUGAAAAAUAAAGACAUACUCUCUCCGUCCUACUCUCUUUGCCCAUUUACCUUUUGGUACACCAUCCAAUACACUUCUUUAAUCCAUUUUAUCUUGUAAUUUGUAUAUUAAAAAAUUAUAGAAAUUAUAUAUUAAUAAUCUAUAUGUUAAGACAAAUCAAACAAGAUCACACAUGACUAUAUUUAGGCUUACACAUUGAGAGAAUUUGAUGAGUCAAAGUACUUAGAUGAACAGUUCCAAAAGUCAAAAGUGGACAAAGAGAGUGGGACGGAGGUAGUAUUAUUUUACCCUCGAUCUUCCCAUAAUACCCCAUACCCUAAACAAAAAGUGGGCAUAUUC